AAUGAUUUUUAACAUUUUUCGUGUAGUAAUUCAAGUUUUCCUCUAGUCUUCAAGUUGGCCAUUCUGACAUAGCAUCGCUAGCGCAGACAUGAUGUUUCUGUUCUGUCAGACUUGUAAUGUUUUAGUUCAGACCAAACCACGAGGCGACUCGGUACCUGUACUCUGCAACCUACUGUAAAUACUCCAAAACAAGUGCCGCUUUCACUUUAUUGUUUAUACAAAAAGUUUUUUGAUACUAACGUUUUAUAGUUUCGUAAAAAAGUGAAUAAGAAUCAUUCUACUAAACUUAUACAAUGGAUUAUACUCAAGUGUUGACACUUUUGACUAAAUUGAACGAAGACGACAAAGCUUCGAUAACAAACGAUGUUCUCGAAGACAUAAUGAAAAAAGUUCAUCAAAUAAUGCCGGAAGAUGUGAUUGACAACGUUUCCAAAAAUCGACACGAAGUUCUUGCUCGUGAUGACGUCGCGUGGGUUUAUCUACAUACAAUUUUAUUCGUAGUUUCUGAUUUUGCUAAAACGGAGUUGAGUCAAGAAAACCCGUUGUUUACUAUAGAACAAAUGAAAAUUCUGAGAAAUUCAAUAAAACUAGCUAGUCACUUAGGAAUAGUUUCUUCCUUUCAUUCUGCUAUCAAAGUGCGAACGCGAGCGACAGAUUUCAAAAAUUUCCAAAUCCACUUUGAACACAAAGAUAUUUUUGAUAAAUACAAAAUAAUGUGCCACACAGUUACACUUUUACUGGAACUUUUUGAGCAUGUUAUUCUUAGAUCAGCUGUUAUAUCUCAAUUGGACAGUAUACUUGCUGCUUUGUUUCAAUUAUCAUUUGCCCCUUUACAGAAGCCAAUAGUAGACAGUCCAUUGUCUGAAAAUAACAAUGCUGAAUUUAAAAUGACAACAGAGCUAUACGCUAACUUAAUCAAAGAUCAAGUAAAUUAUCAGAAUAAGUUAUAUGAAUUGAAGGAAAAAAUGCCGCUAACUUCAGUAUUAACAAAUAUUAUGAUGAUCAGUGCUGAAUCAAACAAUCCUAGAUGGUUUCAAAUCAAUGUUCAUCGUUAUAUCUCUGAAAUAUUCAUGAUGUCCAAUGGCGUUGUCUCAUUGACUACGGUCAUUUGUGAUGAACUUACAGAUGUGAGUGUCUACUGGCCUAAAUUGAAUGUUGCAGGAGAAAUUUUGAUACGUAGAUAUAAAAAGGGUGAUACUGGUUACACAGUUCCAGCAUUAAAAUAUUAUGAUGCAAUUUGCAGCCAGCUCAUCACAUUACUUGAAUCUAAAGAAUAUAAACAAGGAGCUAUUAUAGCAAAUUGUUACAUAAAAGUUUUAUAUGAAUUUGACAAGGAUUUGUGUCAACAAAAAGUAUUAGAUAUUAUUAUGAAUCCUCUUCAUAAUAAAAAUAAUAAAUCUAUUACAACAGAAAACCAAGUAUCACAGUGCAUAGAAAAUUUAUGCAAACUUUUCAUAACAACAAGAGCUGAAUUUACUUGCUUACCUCUAACAAUUUUAUCGUCAGUCUUACAGCCUCUUUUUUACCUUUAUUUAAAAGUAAAAAGUAGCAUUUAUGUGCAUCGCAAUAAAGUAAAAGAAUUACUUUUAAAAAUAUUGCAAGAUGUGAAAAUAAGACAUCCUGCUUUCAGCGUGAUUUUAAAUCACGACAUGUUUGCUAUCAGAGAAUACGGUGAAAGGUUAAAUUUUAAAUUUGGAGAUGAUGGUGGUUUAAUGGUUUCUUCUGAACCAUUUGAAGUAGAAAAUGAUGAAAUAGCAGGUGGUUUAUAUGAACUUGUAAAAAAGGACGAUCAACUAGCAUUUUCAUUAUUCGAAUAUUUAUUGAAAGUUUCACCAAAUUUAAACCACACAGCUGACGAAGCAGCUAAAAAUAAAAAACUACUACAAUCACCAAAGGACAUCAUUGAGAAAAUGGAGAAACAACUUAUUGUUAUUCAACUGCUAUCAAUGUUAUCUGAUCUACCAAAUGUUCAGAAAGCUCAGAUGCGAUCACCACAAUCUCUUUUAGGUUUCAUUAAAUUUUAUUUCACAAAAAUAUCUUCAACUGACAGUAUUUCCAAUGAUUCACAUGAACAAGAUGUUGAAAUAUUAUAUACAUGUUUAAUGUUGAUAAAACAGAUGAUAAUAGAAAAUAAGGAAACUCAAUCUUGGAAAGCAUUUGAAGAUUUCAUUUCUGACAUCAGAACUAUUAAUUUUAAGAACAUACCAGAAAAAAUCGUUUCUAUAUUUGAAGAAAUUGAAAAAGUAAUAAGAAAGAAAGGAAAGGAAUCUGUUAAACAUUAUUAUGAUUUAUCAGCUGAAAACAAAUUACUCAACGAGGUAGAUAAAGCUCUAGCAGAUUUGACCGAUCCACUUCUACCUGUCAGAGGCCAUGGUUUAAUAACACUCACCAAGUUAAUCGAAGCGCGUCAUCCAGAGACAGAAUUGAAAAAAGAUCUUCUCUUCUGUAUUUUUCAACAAAAUCUCACUCACGAAGAUUCGUUUAUUUAUUUAGCUUCAAUCAAUGGAAUAUGCGCAAUGACGAAAAUGUUUCCUGAUAAAGUCAUCGAGACACUGGUGCAAGAGUUUAUUGGCUUGACGCAGCAACAGAGAAAUUGUGAAACGACGCCCGAAACUCGUGCCAAACUCGGCGAAAUUCUAGUUAAAACUACAAGAGCUUUAGGUGAAAUGACGCCCAAAUACAAAAGUCUUUUAGUCAACGGCUUUUUGUGUGGAACUAAAGAUCCUGACGCAAUGGUGCGAGCUUCGAGUCUUUCGUGUCUUGGCGAAUUUUGUAAAAUAAUGGGCUUCAGAUUAGGCAAUUUAAUGAUAGAAAUUUUAUACUGCAUAAGCUGCAUCAUAAAAACGGACAAAGAUGAUAGCUGCCGACGAGCCGCCGUUCUCGUGACGACUCUCUUGCUCCAAGGACUCGGAAAAAGUGCUUUGGUUGACUUGGGCGAAAAUCUCGUGCCUCUUUAUCGAAGUCUCAAACAUCUGCGUGAUACUGAUAACGAUCCCACGGUACAACUGCACGCGCAGCUUGCUCUAGAGGAAUUCGACGAUAUUGUUAAGCAUUAUCUAUUCGCGCCACCGAAAUUGGAAAAGACAAUAUUUUUACUUUCGAAUAAUUGAUUGUUCGAUAAUUUUUAUAAGGAUGAAUUGUUUCUGUUAAUUUGUUUUUUAG